CACUGGUCUAGGGUUUCUUUUAUUACCGCAGAAAGGGUCCGCACGAAACUUUAUUCUGUGGUUUUGGCUCCUGAAACGAAACGAAGUCUUCACAUAGAGAACGUCUCUGCUGCCUUGCAAGCUUGUUUGAUUAGAUACAUAAGAUGCCGAGGGCGAGGUCGAAUGCUGCAGCAACACGAAAGUCAGUUGAACCCGAGAAAUCAGUUGAGCCUGAAAAACCAGUUGAACCUGAAGAGCAAGUAGACCUUGAUGGAGACAAUGAUGCUGAGGAGGCAAUGGAAGAAGAGGUUGAGUAUGAAGAAGUAGAGGAGGAAGAGGAAGUGGAGGAGGUAGAAGAAGAGGAGGAGGUAGAGGAAGAGGAAGAAGUAGAAGAAGAGGUAGAGGAAGAGGAAGAGGAGGAUGCAGUUGCUAAUGGAGCUGAUGCACAGGCAAGCCCCAGUGGUGAUGAGGAGAUGCCAUCUGCCAAGGAAAUCGAUGAGGAUGAGAGUAAGAAACAUGCUGAACUUCUUGCUCUUCCCCCCCAUGGUUCUGAAGUUUAUAUUGGUGGCAUAACUCAUGAUGUUUCUGAAGAGGAUUUACAGAGUUUCUGUGAGGCUGUUGGAGAAGUCACUGAGGUCAGGAUAAUGAAGGGAAAAGAGUCAAAUGAAAACAAAGGUUAUGCUUUUGUGACAUUUAGGACCAAAGAAUUAGCUUCUAAAGCCAUUGAGGAACUUAACAAUACUGAGCUUAAGGGGAGAAAGAUAAAAUGUUCAUCUUCGCAGGCAAAACAUCGCUUGUUUAUUGGUAAUGUCCCAAGAAGCUGGGUGGAGGAAGAUCUGAAGAAGAUUGUGACAGAGAUUGGACCUGGGGUUAAUGCUGUGGAACUGCUUAAGGAUCCACAGAAUUCCAGCCGCAACCGUGGUUUUGCUUUCAUUGAGUAUUAUAACCAUGCAUGUGCUGAAUAUUCAAGGCAGAAAAUGUCAAACCCAAAAUUCAAGUUAGACAAUAAUGCUCCUACUGUGAGCUGGGCUGAUCCUAAGACUGCUGAAUCUUCUCCUGCUUCUCAGGUAAAAGCAGUCUACGUGAAGAAUUUGCCAAAAAAUAUAACUCAGGAGCGUCUGAGGGAACUUUUCAAACACCAUGGAGAGAUCACAAAAAUUGUAUUGCCACCAGCAAAAUCUGGACAGGAGAAAAGCAGAUUUGGUUUUGUUCACUUUGCAGAGAGAUCAAGUGCCAUGAAGGCACUCAAAAACACAGAGAAAUAUGAAAUUGAUGGUCAAGUUCUGGAGUGUUCCCUUGCAAAGCCACAAGCAGAUCGGAAGUCUGAUGCAGGAUCAAAUUCACAGAAGUCGGCCCUUCUUCCUAGCUAUCCACCUCGUGUUGGAUAUGGCCUGGUUGGUGGGGCUUAUGGUGCAGGAUAUGGUGCUGCAGGCUUUGCACAGCCCCUAAUUUAUGGCAGGGGUCCCACUCCUGCUGGUAUGGCGAUGAUGCCGAUGCUUUUGCCUGAUGGAAGGAUUGGAUAUGUCCUACAACAGCCCGGAGCACAGCCUCAUACCCCACCUUCACAGCAGAGAAGUGGCAACAGGAGCAGUGGUGGUUCUAGCGGAGGUAGGCACAACAGUGGUGAAGGGGGCCGUGGGCGCAGGUAUCGUCCAUAUUGAUUUAAAUCGUUUGGAUGUAGCCAUGGGUGAAAUGUUUUCCUACCUUAAUUCCUAUUAAGAAAGAAACUGAAGGGGCCUUGUCCCAAUCUAACAGAAAUGACUUGAUUGUAACAAUAUUUUGGCUAGCUCAACAAUGGAAGCCAUUGUGGUCUUGCAUGUCAAGAUAAUCUGUUUCAUUGUCACAGGCUUCUCGAUGACGAUUCUUCUUUCUGCCU